AUCAAGUCAAUAGAUAGGUAUUAGAUUUUUAAUUUACCAAUACAAAUACACUGAUACAACAUAUCAUAUGAAUUAAAUUCGGGAUAAGAUUAGACAUCGAAAAAAAAAAAUUCCUAAAUUGUGAUAAAGUUAAAAUGCAAUGAGAAAUUGGAUAGAAAUUUCAUGACUUAAAUUUUUUUCUCUGAUAAUCAGUCUAUUCACAGCAAAAAAUAAAAUGGAAUUAAUUAGGAGAUCAUGGAAACUGCAGGAGUUUGUUGCCCACAAGGCGAAUGUUAACUGCAUGGCCAUUGGACAUAAAUCGAAUCAAGUUUUGGCUACUGGGGGUGACGAUAAGAAGGUCAAUUUAUGGGCUAUUGGUAGACAAGGAUGUCUAAUGAGUCUAAGUGGCCAUACAACUCCUGUCGAAUGUGUUUGUUUUGGUCAUUCUGAAGAAAUAGUAUGUGCAGGCUCACAAACAGGUGCCUUAAAAAUAUGGGACUUGGAAGCUGCAAAAUUAUUGAGAACAUUUACUGGGCACAAAGGAGCAAUAAAGUGUAUGGAUUUUCAUCCAUAUGGGGAUUAUUUAACAACUGGGUCUUGUGACAGUAAUAUUAAGUUAUGGGAUACAAGGAAAAGAGGAUGUAUUGUUACAUAUUCUAGUCACCGUCUUGCUGUGAACAGUUUGCAAUUUAGUCCUGAUGGUCAAUGGAUAGCAUCUGCUUGUGAAGAUGGUUUAGUUAAAGUGUGGGAUGUUAGGGUUGGUAAAGUAUUACAAGAGUUUCUAGAACAUACAGCAGCAGUUACUUGCGUUAAGUUUCACCCACACGAAUUUUUACUUGCCAGCUGUGGAACUGAUAGGACUGUUAACUUUUGGGAUAUGGAGAAAUUUCAGCUGGUUUCUAAGUUUGAAAAAGAUAACACAUCAAUAAGGCACAUGACAUUUAGUGAUGAUGGGGCUACACUAUUGGGUUGUGGAAAUGAUGGAAUGCAUGUUAUUGGUUGGGAGCCUGCCCGAGUGCUGGACACUGUUAAUGGACACUGGGGUCAAAUACAUGACAUGACAGUGGCCCAGACACAACUUAUUGCUGGAUCAUUCCAUUCUACAUAUGUGAUAUUGUCUGUGGUUGAUCUCACCAAGGUGCACCCAUUUGGUGGUCCACCACCUGCAAUACCUCCAAUUGUUAGAGAUCUAUCACCGUUCCAAAAGGGCCAUACAGUUAGGAAAAGCUUUUCCAAAGAAAAGCCAGCAAAGGAAGUAUUACACAGACCAACUCCCCUUGAUGAGAAAACAACAGAAGAAUCAACAUCUGGCACAGAGGCAGAUGAGGAUUCAGGUGCCGUAAUAUCAAAUAUUAAUGACUACACUGAAAUAUUUCGCCCUUCUAGAGCAUUACCAAGGACCCCUCCGCCUGCUAGUUUAUCAUCAGAAGAAUAUCCUGUUCCAGAUAUACCGGAACCGGAAAGUAGUUCAGUGAGUCCUGUGAGCACGUCGCUCCGAGAUCUGGUACUGGAGGAGCCGGCGCGGCCUCCGCCGCAACCCUCGCCGCCGCAGCGACAACGACCCGACACCUACUCCCGGAUACCGACGCCCAACGAAAAGAAGCCCGACGUUUAUAGUAGGGUGAUAGACAGCAAAAAAGAUGCUUCACUAACACCGGGAGUGGCAGCCUCGACGGUAAACGACUACACGCUGAACUCUGUGACGACUCCCACAUUAAACAGACACAAUUCAUGCAAAGAAACUAAGUCUACUACUGGACUCUCUGGUACCAAUUUAAGGACGAGCAAUAGUGAAAUGUCGUUGGCGCCGCCGUCGCUCGGACCACGUUCUCUGUCCUUCACGAGAGCUGCUAGUCGCAAUUCCAGCACGCGGUUGGAAGGGAUGUGUCGGGAGCCCGCGGUCAACAACAGAAGUGUGGACACGACUGAGGACCGCAGCCCCGAGCCUGCGUUCGUUCCCUUUGCUAUAGACAAACCGGUCGGCUUGGAUCUAGAAGAGUUCGUGCCUCGCGGCGUGACGGCUUGCGGGGUCAGGCGAGGGGUCCGCGGUGGCGGAGCGGAGCUGAGCGAGCAGGAGGUGCUGGGCGUGAUGAUGAGGGGCCACGACUCCAUGAUGGCGGUGCUGUGUGCCCGGCAGAGGGCUCUGCAGAUUUUACAUUCAGUACGAGUUAACAAGGGCCUGAAAUCAGCGUUAGAAUCUGUGAUCGCAUUGGAAGAUACAUCUGUUAUAUUGGAUGUGUUGAAUGUUAUGGCCCACAAACCAUCCCUUUGGAAUUUGGAUGUCUGUCUCUUGAUGCUACCUAAGAUCAACGAGUUACUGCAAAGCAAAUACGAGUCGUACAUGCAGUGCGGCUGCAACGCCCUGCGGCUCAUCGUGCGCAACUUCUCGUCGGUGGUGCGCGCCAACGUGGGCGCUCCCGUGCGCACCCUGGGCGUGGACAUCCCUCGCGAGGAGCGCUACGCCAAGUGCGCGCAGAUCCACCGCCUGCUGCUCGACAUCCGGGCCUUCCUGCUCAAGAGGCAGACGCUGCAGGGCCGUCUGGGCGCCGCCUUCCGCGACCUGCACACUCUGAUGCAACAGGGACUCGACUAGAUUGGUGAUUUACAGUAUCCCGACCAUUGUACGAGGGCUUGUUUUUAUUUUUAACCGACUUCAAAAGGAGGAGGUUCUCAAUUCGUCGGUAUUUUUUUAUGUUUGUUACCUGGAAACUUUUGAUUGGGCGAACCGAUUUUGAUAAUUCUUGUUACGAUUAUUGUUAUUUUUGGAGUCGGUGUCCUUCCGCCGCGACCCGCUCUCGCCUCUUCAUGACUCAAGCACAUCAAUUAGCUGUCGCCAUAUCACAAAAAUUAAAUUGACAUUGGUACACAAUAAAAAAUUCAAAAAAUAACAAUAAUCGUAACUAGAAUUAGAUUAAUUAAAUAGAUUGUAUAAAAAUACGCAAUUGUUUUUAUACUUUUUAGUGCAUAUUAUAUGUAUUAUUUUGGAAAAGUGUUUUUGAAGUCUGUUGUUUUUUUGUUAAGAAUUUUUGAUUUUUAGUGAAUUUGAAGUAGACUAACCAACAAUUUGUCUAAAUAUGUGUAGAUAUACGAUAUCUUUCAAAGCAGCAAUGAUAAAUCUAAAAAUAAAUGUAAAUUUAUCAUUCACGUACAUAUAGCAAAUUUAAGACUUAUGGUUUUCUCAUCGAUGCUAUUGUCAGAUCUGGACCAAAUUACAAUGGGACCACACGAAAAGCACCAUCUUUCAAAUAAAAAAAAAGAAUUAUCAAAAUCAGUUCAAGUUAUGAGAUAACAAACAUAAAAAAAGAACAUACCAACGAAUUGAGAACCUCCUCCUUUUUUAAAGUCAGUUAAAAAGUCAAGGUACAAAAAAAAAUAAAAAAACGCCCAUAAGUAUUUGUAGCUGCGUGUCAGUUUUCUCAUUUCUUAUUCCGCGUUGGUCUCGCCACAGUAACCGUCUUUGAUCUGACAUCUCUGGUGACAGCCAGGUUAACUGCCCGCGUCUAAUUUAUUUGCCAUCUGAACUUUAUUUACUCCUUUAAUUCCAUUCCAUCCUUUCUCUGCAAAAUAAAGCAUUUAUUAUUUUAUUAAGUUUGAAGAUUAUGCAUAAAAUAAAUUAACUUUCUUGAGUCGCCUUGUGUCUGUUUCAUGUGCUUUGAAAUAAAUUUUGUUAAAGAUUUUAAAUAUAUAUUUUUAGCUACACCAUACUUUGCUUUGGCCAAAAACAAAAAUACGGUGUUAUUACAAAAAAAUUAAAUACAUGUUGAACUCUUGUUUUAAAACAGUUCUAUUACAAAUCCGGAUCUUUCUGUUGUUUAACGUCAAUCUUUACACUUCGCUUAAAUAGUAAGACACUGUUUAACAAAACACGUGCCUAAGCGAUAAAGCUAACAAUCUUUAUCAUAAUUUUAACAAUAUCAAUAUUUUUUCCGAUCAUUCUUUGAAAAGCAAACUUUCAGAGCAAAUUAAGACUAUCAAGCAGCUCUUUUACAAGACUUUAUAAUCUCAUACAAAAAACCUAAAGUUAGUUUUAAUGACACAAAAGUUAGAAGCUCAUAUUGUAGUUUCCGGGAGAUCAUUAGCGAGAUAAUAUUUUUAGUAUUUGACAUUGUACAGUCAUUAACAAUGACUGUGUUGUAAAUAAUAGUAUAUAUUGAAUUAAUUGUGAUUAACCAUUACAUUAUAUUAAUUUUAAAUUAUGUUGUAUUGUAUAAAUUUAUGUGUCACUAAUCACUGCCAUUUAUAAUUUAGAAUAUUAUGAUGUAAAUUCAUUACUGUUCUCAGAAUGCGAAAAAAUAGUUAAUUAGGAGUAAUAAUAGAUAUAUAUUAAAUCAAUUGUGUCUUUUUAAAUGCUGAAACAUGUUUUCACAAGUUAACAUAUUAUAAGAGAUUAAGACAAUAUAUUUAAAGCAGCUAUUUAUAGAUGUUGAGUAUUUUUAAGGUUUUAUAAUUGAUAAUAUUGUAGUUACACUUGAUCAGUAUUGGCCUACCACUGAUACUAACUCAUGUAGAACUAAUUCAUUAAUCGAAAUUAAUUUAUUAAAUUUUUAUUCCUAUAUUUAAGAAAAUUUGUAUCUUUUAAUGGAUGAUCUCUAAUAAUAAUAAUAAUGAUUUUCGUGAACACAUAUAUAUAAA